AUAAACAUGGCCGCUUCCCCGUCGUCUGAGCAGUGUGUGGAAAACACAAGUGAAGAAAUAAACUCUAUAAUGGAAACAUCUGAAGCCACAGGUGUAGACCACGAUGAAAAACCCGAAACGGAAAAUGGGUCUAAAGCGGAGGUAGAAGCAGAUGAGCCUUUUAAAAAGCCGGCUCUUUUUGCGGCCCCUUCCUCAGCUAAGCGGGCUACUGUCACUGCUCCAACCAAGACUCCAACAUCUGAGACAAGUGUCGUCAAAGAGGACAAAAAAGAUGAAACUGUGGAUGCUCAAACUGUACCCGACAAGGAGACACAAAAAGAAAGAAUAAAGGAUGCCGAUGAGCCAAAAAGGCAAACGGAUUCUAUCAAAAGAAAACAUGAAGCUAAAUCUAAAGCGCUUCCUAAAGGUCCCCCGCCUGGUAAAUUCCCUCCUCUUCCUUACACAGAACCGAGUUGGGGUGGUAAAGCUCCAGAUAUUCCGUACUCUAUAGAAAUCCUAAAAAACGGUGCCAUUGUAAACACGAUACCGCUUAAAGACGGGAGCUUCUUCGUUGUCGGACGUUUACCCGUGUGUGAUGUAGCUUUGGAGCAUCCGUCCAUCUCCCGGUACCACGCAAUCAUCCAGUACCGAGGAGAGUCCGGCGAAACGGACUCUGUGGGUGAGGAGAGGGGCUUCUACGUCCAAGACCUGGGCAGCACACACGGAACCAUUGUGAACAAGAACAAGAUCCCACCAAAGACUUACAUUAGACUAAAAGUUGGGCAUGUGUUAAAGUUUGGUGGGAGUACAAGACUUUUUAUAUUACAGGGUCCAGAGUCUGAUGAGGAGGAGGAGUCUGAGUUUACUGUGACAGAGCUGAAGGAGCGCGCUCGAAAGCAGAGAGAGGAACUGGAGAAAAGGAUGAUGGGAGCUGGUUCUGAUGAUGAGGAAGAGGAGAAAGGAGAGAAUGAGGAAGACAAGAAGAACCAGAGCAAACAGUCAAAUGAGGAUUCAGGCUGCUUGUGGGGAAUGGCUGAUGAUGCCAUCGCCGAGGAUGAAAAUGAAGAGAACCCUUUCUCAACAGAAUUUCAAGAGGAUCAAGAAGCAGCCUAUCUCAAAGAUCCAAAGAAAACACUCCAGGGAUUUUAUGACAGAGAAGGAGAGGAGCUGGAGUUUGAGUAUGAAGAGAAAGGCUCAGGAACAUGGCUUUGCAGAAUCAAGUUACCGGUUGACGAUGCCAAGGGAAGGCAGCUAGUGGCUGAGGUGACCAACACAGGAAAGAAGAAAGAGGUGACAGUUCAGUGUUGCCUGGAGGCGUGUCGCAUGCUGGAGGCUCGAGGGCUGCUGCGCCAAGAGGCAGUGUCCCGGAAGCGUAAGAAGAAAAACUGGGAGGAUGAGGAUUACUAUGACAGUGAUGAUGAUACUUUCCUGGACAGAACCGGCACAGUGGAACGAAAGAGACAGGAGAGGAUGAAAAAAGCAGGGAAGAUAGAGGAGCGAGCUGAAACCUUUGAAUCUCUGGUGGCCAAACUGGCAGGGGUGGAAAAGGAGUUAGAAGUCACUCAGAAAAAGCUUGAUUCUGGAAGGAAAGAUUCUUCCGCGUCAUCUACUGAGGAUCCUCUGGAUGCUUUCAUGACAGCUGUAAGGAGUGAGGCGGCUAUGGAUGGUGUAGAGCGCAGAAAACUCCACGUUCAUCUUGCCGAUCUGAGGAAAGAAGUUCAGAGACUUCGCAAACUGGUUGAACUUACACGGCCUGUCCAGUUACCAACACUUGUACCAAGCAGCAGCUCAGAGCCAGAAAAGAAAAAAACCCUUCCACUUUUUGGGGCUAUGAAGGGUGGCAGUAAAUUCAAACUCAAGACUGGUACAAUUGGGAAAUUGCCCCCAAAGCGUCCUAAUCUACCCGCAGAGCUCUUCAAUAUGAAAGAGCUGCCUCCAGAUGGGGAGGAAGAAGAGGAAGAGGAAGAAGAGCACAAAAUGGAGGACAAUGAUAACAAUGAUAAAAAUUGUGUAAAUAUGUCUGAACCUGAAACAGAAGAGGAGACCAGAACAUCAGCAACCGAGCAGAUGGUAGAAGAAGAAAAUGAGGAAGGAAGACCAAGGCCAAGACUAAAAGAGCACAGUUCAAAAGUAUUGAAAGGAGACAAACGGACAGAAGCAGUGAAGAAGGUCAAUAAAAGUCCCAUGAAUAAGGAAACUUCAUCAGAUCCAACUUGCUCAGAGUCCAAGCCAGAUGACAGCAGUGAAACAGCAUCUGUGUCUAUUCCCAAAAAGAAGAAAGUCAUUGGCCCGAGCAGGCCACCUGUGCCACUCACCGGGGGAAAGUAUCCAGAUGAUGACCCUGAUUAUUGUGUGUGGGUGCCUCCUGUGGGUCAGACUGGAGAUGGUCGUACACACCUAAAUGACAAAUAUGGCUACUGAGGGACCAUUCUUACUCAACUUCACCAGCCUUUCUAUACCAGUGAAUACCUACAAUACAAAGUGGUCUACUUAGCUCUAGAAAGCCUACUAUUGGUCAUUCUGAGAAAUGGAGAGGCAGACCAAUAAAACUGUCCCGAACCCACUCGUUGAGACAAUAAUGCACCCUUUUCAGCUUUUGGGACUAUUUACAGAGUGAUAAACAAAACCACACCAUGUCUAUUCACUUAAAUUGAGAAUGCUGGAGAAGUGCCCUCCAUCUAAGCAGACACUGGGCAGUUGGCCUGCUGGCACUUUUGUACUCAGAGAUGGGGUCACACUUAAAAUUUUGUCAUUUAAUUUCAGUGAGCUGCUUCACUAUAUCUACUGAGUGGAAAAUACUAAGGGACAGAGCAGGGACAUUUAACUGAUCUCAAUUCAGCUUUCUCUUCCUGUUAAAUUCACCUGACACCCAGUCCGUCUACCCACUCCUGUUUGGCACUAGUCAAUUGCUGGCAUAACCUUUUUUUUUUUUCCAAAAGAGAAUGCGUAGCAGGGAGAGAGAAAGAGAGGAAGGCAUUGAAGCAGCUUUUCUGACCAUCUGGACACUUGGAUGGCUAACUGGAUGAAAUGCAAGCUGAUAAUGACUCAAGCUAAGUGAAGUGUGUGUGUCUGUAUAUACACUGACACACAUGCAAAGUUCUUAUUUUAACAGGAUUUCCCAAUAAGCCCGUCAGCACUUGAACUGUUUGCAUGAAGUAGGAUUCCUUUAUGUGUAAUUCCUACUAAUUGCGCUUGUAUUCUCUUGUUUGUGCUCUCUGUAAUGUUGUCAAAUGAUUGUAUUUUGUUAUAUAAAAAUGUAAUUAAAUUCAAUAAUUGUUACUGA